AUGUUACUCCACGAAAGAAUUUGCCUAUGGAUAGGACAUUUAAAACUCUCUCGAGUAAUUCUUAUGGUAUCCGUGAUAUUAUUUGUAGUGCCUCUUGUUACCCACUACUAUUUAUCUAAGUAUGAAUCUUCAUCAAUGUCAUUGGGAACUAACAAUAUGCGGCACACCUUGGAGGCCCUUGGGGAUUUAUCAACAAUGAAUAUAGUUGAUCUGAAACUUAGAAUAGAAGAAAUGCUGAGAAUAAAGGCUUCAGUAUCAACUGAAUUACGAGAGUUAGAAGAACGACGUGGAAAAUUACAACGAGAAGCUGCUGCUGCUAGUGCCAAAGCGGAUAACGUCAAAGCAGAAUAUGUGCGCGCUACUGCUGAAUUGCAAAGACUUCGAGUGUCAGCCGACCAAGCUAGGCUCGCUCAAUUGGAAGCUAUCCGACGAGACUCACCUGAACUUGCACCCCCUAUACAAAUUCUCCCAUCACUACCACCACCGCUAUUGCCACCUAUUAGCUCUAAUGCCGAAAUCCACUGUCGUAUGCAUUCGUGCUUCGAUCACUCAAGAUGCUCUUUAACCUCAGGCUUCCCGAUAUAUCUAUACGAUCCCGAUGUACACUCCCCACUAGCUGGCGCCGAAAUCGAUGGUUUUCUAAAAACAACACUUAGACAAACACUCAGCUAUAAUUCUCAUUUAACACACAACCCUAACGAAGCCUGUGUUUACCUCGUGUUAGUUGGCGAAGGAUUUCCACUUGGCAAAAGUCCCUCUUCAACAACAGAUACUUACAAGCUGUUAUUGAAUGAGACAGCAAUUAAGUCCUUACCAUAUUGGGGUGGUGAUGGCCGUAAUCAUGUUUUGUUAAACUUAGCUCGUCGGGAAUUAUCAGUAGGAUCCGGUGACGCUUUCCAUUCUGCUUCUACGGGACGAGCUAUGAUUGCCCAGUCAACAUUCACAUUACAAAAGUUUCGGCCAGGUUUCGACCUUAUCACUCCGCCAGCCUUGGGUCCGCCUGGAGGAGAUGUAUGGGCAGAUUGUGCACCUAUGGCACCUGCUCGUCGUAAAUAUAUAUUAAGUUUUCAGGGAUCGCAGACGUCGACGCCAGACGGACAGAAUAUAGACGAUGAUAAGUUUCUCAUACAGUCUCUUCAGAAAACUGCAAAGUCAGCUCCUACCUCGGAUGUGUUCUUUUUGCAAUUCGAAUGCGAUCCGCCGAUAGAAAGACGUGAAGUGUUCCCCAUCGGUGACUGGACACUUUGCGGGACAGAUCGUUCACGUCGAGCUAUUUUACGAGAUUCGACAUUUGGACUCAUACUUGCUCCUGCAGACAACAAUUAUGCAUCGACAGCCUUAUUACAAGCGAGAUUGUAUGAAGCUUUACGGUCAGGAGCUAUACCGGUUGUUCUAGGUGGGGACCGAAUAAGGCUUCCUUACGAUGAAGUACUCGAUUGGCGACGAGCGGCCAUACUGUUGCCGAAGGCUCGUGUGACUGAAUUACAUUUCCUCCUUAGAGCUUUGUCAGAUGCUGAUCUACUAAUGUUCCGAAGACAGGGCCGUGUUUUGUGGGAGCGGUACCUAAGUUCGGUACAAUCGAGUAUGGAUUCUUUGCUCGCUACUAUACGCAUGCGUUUGAAUAUACCGGCUCGUCCGGCGACAGCGACGGUAGGGUCACCAGCGUUCAAUGACUCGUAUUAUCCACCCAAAUUGGAACCUCCUGCAGUGGAUACUGAGCCCGAAGAGACUCUAGGGCCUUUAGAAGCUCCUUAUCCUAGUCCAGGGUAUCGAAGAAAUUAUUCAUUAGCUCUGUUACAUGGAUAUGAAAUGUGGAAUGAAUGGGGGGAGCCAUUUGCCCUAUAUCCACAAUUGCCAUGGGACCCGCCGGUGACGUCAGAGGCACGGUUCAUGGGAUCUGCGGCAGGAUUUAGGCCUAUUGGAGCAGGUGCCGGUGGUUCAGGAAAAGAGUUUAGUGAGGCCCUCGGCGGGGACCGACCAAGAGAACAGUUCACUAUAGUCAUAUUGACGUAUGAAAGAGAAGCGGUUUUGGCCGCAGCUUUGGCGAGGCUACGCGGUCUUCCAUAUUUGAAUAAGGUAGUAGUGGUAUGGAACGGAGUGACGCCGCCGUCGUCGGCGCAGGCGUGGCCGGAGUCGGGCGCGCCCGUGGCGGUGGUGCGCGCGUCGCGGAACUCCCUCAACAACCGCUUCCUGCCGUACCACGUCAUCGAGACCGAGGCCGUGCUCUGCGUGGACGACGACGCGCAUCUGCGACAUGAUGAGAUCGUGUUUGCUUUUAGAGUGUGGCGCGAACACCGUGACCGAAUAGUAGGCUUUCCUGGAAGGUAUCAUGCUUGGGAUCUAAAUUUCAACAAUGGUUUCUUGUACAAUUCUAAUUAUAGUUGCGAACUGAGCAUGGUGCUGACUGGCGCGGCGUUCGUGCACCGCUACUACCUGUGGGCCUACUGGCGCGCGCUGCCCGCCGCCGUGCGCGAGUACGUCGACCGCUACAUGAACUGCGAGGACAUUGCCAUGAACUUCCUCGUGGCUCAUAUCACCAGGAAACCGCCUGUUAAGGUGACGUCGCGCUGGACGUUCCGCUGCCCGGGCUGCCCCGCCGCGCUCUCCGCCGACGACACGCACUUCCACGAGCGCCACCAGUGCAUACAGUUCUUCUCGCAGGUGAUGGGCUACACGCCGCUCUUGUCGACGCAGUACCGCGCUGACUCCGUGCUAUUCAAGACCAGGAUACCUCAUGAUAAACAGAAGUGCUUUAAAUUUAUA